UUCCAAACCUCCGGUCAAGUGAUUGUUGUCAACAAGGAAGUGCCUUUGAAAACAAGGCGCCAGCCGCCGCUGCAAACUCCCAAAGCUAAAAGAUCCUCCGAGGGAUGCCAGCUUCGGAGGCGGUUCGGUUGGGUCGGAAACGCGCCCUGCCCUCCUGCCCGAACCCGCUGUUCCUCCAGUGGCUCACCGAGCUCCGGGACCAGGCGAAGGAGAAAGGACUGAAGAUCCAGUACACCUACCAGAAGGCCAUCAGCUCUCUGAAUAAAUAUCCAUUACCGCUUCAAAACGCCAAAGAGGCGAAGAUCCUCCAGAACUUUGGAGACGGCAUCUGUAAGAUACUGGAUGAGAAACUGCAACGAUACUACAGAGAGAACGGUGCAGGCGCUCCUAUUCACUCUCUCCCCCAAGGAGUGCCCCCUCCUGGCAGACAGGACAACAACAGCCUGGCUCCCUCCAGGAAGAAGAAUGCAGCAGGGGAUCAAGGGAAAGACAAAGGGGGAGGAGGAGGAGGAGGAGGAGGAGGAGGAGGGAGGAAGAAGAAGAGGGAGUAUGUGCCCCAGAAGAGGUCUGGGGGUCAUGCUGUACUGCUCGUCCUUUACAGACAGUCACAGAUCCCAGGCAGUAAAGGUUACAUGUUUAAGAUGGAACUACAAGCAGAAGCUCAGCAGCUCUGUGACAAGUCUUUCACCGUUCCAGAUCUGGGCAGUAAGUACACGGCCUGGUCUUCAGUGAGCACUCUGAUCCAGAGGAACCUGCUGAUAAAGACCCACAACCCCGCGAGGUACUCUCUGACAGAAGAGGGUCUGGCUUUGGCAGAGCGACUGGAGUCAGUAGAACGAGGGACUAAAGACGACCCGGAGGAGGUUAGGAGUGAAGGAGAGGAGGAAGAGGUUGGGGUUGUGGACCUUACUGGGAGUGAUGAUGGUGAAGAAGAGAAGGAAGAAGAGCGAGUACACCCGGCAGAGAGGCCGAGGAGCGAGGCCAGUUCCCAGGCAACGAACAGGAAGGCGAACGGAGAACGUCUUCUGCCCGGAACCUAUGAAAUUAUACUUUGCGUUGACUUCAUUGAGACAACCGGCGGCAGCCACCACUGUAAGCAGGAGCUGGUCAAAGAGCUUCAGAGAAACGGAGUGAACUUCGACGUCAGGAAGCUAAACGUCGGAGACUUCCUCUGGGUGGCUCGAGAAAAGGUCACGCCUGUUCCAGGUCAGCUGCGUGCCCCUGAAGGCAAGGAGCUCGUCCUCGAUUACAUCAUCGAGAGGAAGAGGAUGGACGAUCUGUGUGGCAGCAUCAUCGAUGGACGCUGCAGGGAACAGAAGUUUCGACUGAAGAGGUGUGGUCUCCGCAGGCCCGUCUAUCUGGUAGAGGAGUGUGGGAAGGCGGCCUCCCACCUGAGUUUACCUGAAAGUACACUGCAGCAGGCCAUAGUCAACACACAGGUAGUGGAUGGUUUCUUUGUGAAGAGGGUCCAGGACGUGAGGGAGUCGGCGGCCUACCUCACCGUCAUGACGCGAUACCUGACUAAACUUUACCAGAACUGCACGCUGAUCUGUCGCUCCAGAGAGCUGGAGGGCGACGGAGGAGGGAGUGACGAGGAGGAGAGAGGAACCCCUUCCUGCUCUCUCAUUUCUUUUCAAGAGUUCAACCACGGUGCAAUUAAAAACAAGUGUCAGACGGUGAGGGAAGUGUUUGCCAGGCAGCUGAUGCAGGUAAGCGGUUUGUCUGGAGACAAGGCCGCUGCUAUCCUGGAGCUCUACAGCACUCCGCACAGUCUUCUGGCGGCCUAUGAACAGUGUGCGAGUGAAGCAGAGAAAGAGAAACUCCUCUCUUCCAUCCGAUACGGGAAGCUCAAAAGGAACCUGGGUCCCGCUCUGAGCAGAACGGUGUAUCAGCUGUACUGUACUCAAGGAGCACUGUCAUAGAUACACACAGUAACACGCUUUCACCCAGUCAUAUAUUUUCUGUCUCAUAGACGGAUGCAAGCUCAAGCUAACUCACUUUAUAAUGUAAAUCCAUUCAUUCAUUCAUUCAUUCAUUCAUUCUUAGUUCCAGCUUUACUUGAAUUAAUUUGAGGAUGGUAAUUUACACGUUCCAUGUAAAUGUAAAGAUACUGCUAUAUUUUGAUUAUGUAAAGUAUUUCUCAAAUGUAUCCCGAUGCUGCAUCAAUAAAGUUUAUUGUUUUGUA